CAUUCCCUCUCCCUCCUCCGGCUCGGGAACCAUUUCUCUCCAGAACCUUGAAAUACCUUUUGGUAUUUCAAACUCCCCCACACAAAAACAAACCCUAAUCUCAAUCUCCUCAGCCCUAUCUUCCUCUACAAUCCUAAAACAAAACCACUUUCUUUCUUUUCCGGAUAUAUACAUAUAAUCAGGAUCAAUGUGAUUAUGAGCGGUUGGAUUAUCCUUGUAAAUAAUUUACUCAUCCUCUUGUACUUCAGAUUAUAAUAAGCUGGAUUUAAUGGAGGCUAACAUUUGUGACAUUAAUCACUUGGAUGCCGAUGUCCUUUUGCCUCCCCGGAAGCGCCUGUUGGCAGGUUUUAAGAAACAGGCUUCGAAUGCAAAUGCCACUUCAUUUCAGCCGGUAGCUGCUUCUUCCACUUCAUCUCCUUCACCACCUUCACCAUCAUCUGCUACUUCAUCAAGUGAUGUUGAUGCUCAUCUUAAUAACUUAUUGAGUUCCCGUUUGUAUAAUCCUAACCUUUCUCCAGAGGAGAUUUUCGAGGCCUCGAGAACAGCAGCUAUUACUGCCGCUAAGGCUGCUGAAGCUGCCAGAGCUGCAGCAGAGGAGAAGUCUGCAAUUGCAGCUAAAGCUAUCGCUGCAGCUAAGAGUGCAUUGGACUUGGUAGCUACAUUUUCUGAUGAUGCCGUUAUUAAGGAUAGAUACCUUAAAAAGAAUAAGAUUAAGAAGCAUGUCCCAGUUCAAGUCUUAUACUAUAGACACCAACCUAUUGAGAAAUCUAGGGUAGAUGAAGAUUUAGCCCAAAGGUUGCACAGAGCAAUCAAUAGUUCUACGAGAAUCUCAAAAGGUUCACCAUUAUCUGAAUGGAAAGGUCAUCAACACAAAAGGCCUAAUAGCUUGCCAACUCUUGAGAGCAAAAAGGUUCCCAAUCGGGGUAUUGUGUUGGGAGGAAGCCCCUCUUCCACAUUCAAUGGAAGUACUAUAGCAGCUGAAAUCGAUUCUGAUGACUUGGUUAGGGAGCAUGUGAAUGUAGCCAAUGACGGAAAAUCAGGGCUGUCGGUGUUGGAUAAUGGUGAAGCGGAAUCAGGUUAUUCAAAGGAGAAAGCUUGUGAAGAUGCAUAUCCUUCCUGUAAAAAGAGAGGAACAGUAAUGCCCAAGAAGUUGCCCUUGAGCAUUUGUUCUUACAGGGAUCGAGUGAAUCACAAGGAAGAGAUGAUUACUAAGAGCUCAUCGUUGAUGGAAAAGAACAUGGGUAAUCCAACCGUUGUUGUUAAGCCCGUGUUUUCCUCUGGAACUCUCUGCUGAUGGUUUUAUUUCUAUUGAAGGUACACCACUGUGGAAAUGCCAGGAUUUAUAGGCCCCUGCAUGUAUCUAACAAAGCAAAGUCAUGCAAUCUUAAUGACAGGUUCCGUUCUCAUACCAUUUGGCUGCAUUGUUAGAGCUACAAUAGCUGAGGUAGGAUUCACGAUUCUCUUCUUAUAGAAAUGAGUUUUACUCCACUUUUAUCUUUUUCUGCUGAUCUCUGGUUUUGUAAGGAAGUUGAAUUUGACAGAAUGUACAUUUGAAUGCUCCAAUUGCUUGCGUCGAAAUAGAAUAACACCCAAUAAUAGAAGUUGAGAUAAAAAGGAAUGCAAUGCAAUAAGAAUUAGAUGGCUCUUUCCUGGUUAAUUUUUGCAUAUCCAUCCUGCUUUCUGGGAUGAUACAUAGAUGUACUGAAACUUUAAUGCCUUUGGUG